AUGUAUUUUUUAGACUUUAUCUUUCUUAUCCGUUUUGAUUUCAUUUCAUGGCGAAAGAGAAGACUGUGCAUUGUUGGUGGUGGUGAGGAUGUCGCCGCUUUCUCUGAAAAGAUUAAGGCUGUGCUGAUGGAGGCAGCCUUUGUUCAUCGUAGGUUGCAACGGGAGUCGACCUUUUUAGAUCCUGCAGAUGACAAGCGAAAUCUUAUCCACUACUUUCCGCGUUGCUUCGAGUUACUUGCAAACAUUUGUCUUCUUAAGACAGAGCUGGUUAUCAAGGAGCAACUCCACAUUUCUUCUCCUCGGAUGCUUUUUAGUGAGCAAUUCUUUAAACUCAACACGAUUAUCACAGACCUCAAAGCGUUUGCAAAUGGUCUAUACCGGGAAUCCAGCAUGGAAUUUGUGAAGCAGAGUUUGGUGCUUGUCGAGGAAUUGGCUAAUGAGAUUUCCUCCCUUCAGAAUUCACUCCGUUGCAAGAGGAUCAAUCAUCUCUUGGCCGACGAGAGAUGUGAGUUUUUGCUCAGCAAUUUUGCCGACGGUGACCUUUCAAUAGAUGUCGUUACAGUCACAGCAGAGUCAGCUAUCACCGAUGUAUAUCCAGCAAUCGCAAAUACGGCCAGGGAGGUUUCAGCAAGCCGAUCAGUGGAUGACACAAUCUAUGGAGUUUCAAUUGACACAGUACCAUCAGUCGCCGAUGGAGUGUUCACAGAUUCAGCUAUCAUCGCCACCGGUGCAGUUAGGUUGCUUACAACCGAUUCAGCAUCAAUAUAA